AUGGAGCUGAAUGAAAAUACUUCGUCCCAAGAGGACUAUCUGCUUCGUUAUCAUCAAGACAAAGAUCCUUUCGAAUCAAAACUCUCGAGAGAAGCGGACAUCGUCGCUGGAUUUUAUUUAUUGGUCGUCGGGAUCCUCUCCACCUCAGGCAACGGAUAUGUUAUUUAUAUGUCUGCACAACGGAAAAAGAAGCUGAGGCCUGCUGAGAUCGUGACUGUCAAUCUAGCCGUGUGUGACCUGGGGAUUUCAGUGGUUGGGAAGCCUUUCAGCAUUAUUGCCUUUUUCUCCCAUCGCUGGAUUUUCGGCUGGAGCGGCUGCCGCUGGUACGGAUGGGCUGGCUUCUUCUUUGGCAUCGGGAGCCUCAUUACCAUGACAGCUGUCAGCCUGGACCGAUAUCUCAAAAUCUGCCAUUUGGCUUAUGGUACCUGGCUGAAGAGACACCAUGCAAUUGCCUGUUUAGGAUUCAUCUGGUCCUACGCUGCCUUUUGGGCAACGAUACCCUUCGCUGGGGUGGGCAACUAUGCCCCUGAGCCCUUCGGCACCUCCUGCACCCUGGACUGGUGGCUGGCCCAAGGCUCUGUGGCCGGGCAGGCUUUUAUUCUGAACAUCCUUUUCUUCUGCUUGCUGCUCCCGACGGCAGUGAUCGUCUUUUCUUACGUCAAAAUAAUAGAGAAGGUCAAGUCAUCCAGCAAAGAAGUCGCUCAUUAUGAUACCAGGAUCCCAAACACUCACGUCCUGGAAAUGAAGUUAACUAAGGUGGCAAUGUUGAUCUGUGCAGGAUUUCUCUUUGCUUGGAUCCCGUAUGCCGUGGUGUCAGUGUGGUCUGCCUUUGGAAGACCCAAUUCGAUCCCUGUUAAAGUUUCGGUGAUACCAACCCUGCUGGCCAAAUCUGCAGCCAUGUACAACCCCAUCAUUUACCAGGUCAUUGACUGCAAGUCGGCCUGUUGCCGGCCACGUGGUCUCAAACCGCUGCAGAAGAAAAACUCCUUGGAGAAAUCCAGGCCGUACACAAUAUCUGCAGACGUCAAGUCUGAAGAAAUGAAUGAAACUCCUCUGGACAGGGCAUAAAUCUGGGUUGACAGCCA